UCCCGACCACCACCACCAGUCACCAGACGUCGAAACCCAUCCGCCGCCCGGUCGCAAAAGAUCCUGGGCUGGGGUCCGUGGUGGACUGGUGCGGUGGUAGCCGACUAGCCAUCCAUCCAUCCGUGGCGCGGUGCGCCCACUGCUGUCGCCCAAUGACCCGGCUCGUCCUCUCCGAGUCCUGCGGCGGCCUCGCGCCGCUCCGCGCGCGCGGCGGCCGCCGCUGCGCCAUUGCGCUGCCGCCGCCUCUCCACCUCGCCGCGGGGCCGCGUCGCCCCUUUUCGGCCGCCGCCGCCUUCCACCGCGGCUGGGCGCUCCGCGUCUCCUCGCCCACCCGCCUCGCCUCCGUCAUCCAGGACGAGGAGGACGACAAGAGGAGCUCCCCCUCCCAGGGAGAGGACGCGGAGUUCAACCCGGGGGCGCCGCCGCCGUUCGGGCUGGCGGAGAUCCGCGCGGCCAUCCCCAAGCACUGCUGGGUCAAGGAUCCCUGGCGGUCCAUGAGCUACGUGCUGCGCGACGUCCUCGUCGUGCUCGGCCUCGCCGCCGCCGCCGCGCGCGUCGACAGCUGGCUCGUCUGGCCGCUCUACUGGGCCGCCCAGGGCACCAUGUUCUGGGCGCUCUUCGUCCUGGGUCACGACUGUGGGCAUGGGAGCUUCUCAAGCAACCCCAAACUGAACAGCGUCGUCGGCCACAUACUCCACUCCUCCAUUCUCGUUCCGUACAACGGCUGGAGGAUUAGCCACAGGACGCAUCACCAGAACCACGGCCAUGUUGAGAAGGACGAGUCUUGGCACCCGCUGCCCCAGAGGCUGUACAAUAGCCUGGACACCAUGACAAAGAAGUUGAGGUUCAGCAUGCCAUUUCCCAUGCUCGCAUUCCCAUUAUACUUGUUUGCAAGGAGUCCAGGGAAGGCAGGCUCACACUUCGACCCAAACAGCGAUUUGUUCCAACCUAAUGAGAAGAAGGAUGUGCUAACAUCAACCGCAUCCUGGCUGGCAAUGGCUGGGAUUCUCGCUGGUCUGACCUUUGUGAUGGGGCCUCUUCAAAUGCUAAAGUUGUAUGCUAUCCCAUAUGUGGUAUUUGUUAUGUGGCUGGAUUUUGUUACAUACUUGCAUCAUCAUGGUCAUGAGGACAAGCUUCCCUGGUAUCGUGGAAAGGAAUGGAGCUAUCUGCGUGGAGGACUCACAACACUUGAUCGGGACUACGGGUUGAUCAACAACGUCCACCAUGACAUUGGAACUCAUGUCAUUCAUCAUCUUUUCCCGCAGAUCCCACAUUACCAUCUUGUUGAGGCGACUGAGGCAGCGAAACCGGUGCUCGGCAAGUACUACAAAGAACCAGAAAAAUCAGGUCCUCUCCCAUUCCACCUACUGGAGGCGCUAUCACGGAGUUUAAAGAGCGACCACUAUGUUAGCGACACUGGAGACGUAGUUUAUUACCAAAGCGAGUCAGAAACGAGUACUUCUGCACAGAGCUCUGAUUGACUCGAAACAUUAGCCUAUAGGUUAUUUUUCAACUCCACAGGAGGUUGUGCCUUGGCACCUGACCAGCUUCCUGGGACCUCGGGUUGGCCAGUUUCAUGCACGUACACCACGAAGCAAGAAUGUAAGUUGUGAAGCGUUAGUAUUACCACGGUAAAAUAGCAGAAAUGUAAUUGGUUUCAAUGAUGGAAGGUUGAGGCCACCUCUGAUGUAACAGAUGCGGGAGCCUUUGCACACAAAAUACUAAAAAUGAAUUGACUGUGAUGUCCCAGCUGUCUUUGACUGUGACACGGCCUUGUAAAACAAAACAGUGAUGGUAUCAUCUGCAACUGGCGUAAAUAAUGGUCAUAGAAAAUCAGCCUGUGAA